AUGAGUAUGCUGUAUUUAAGUGUUCUUUUGAUAACCUGGGUUACUGUGAUCGCAGUUCAGGACCAGACGUCAACAAAUGGGAUUCAGAAAGUUGCAAGAGCCAGUAACAACUUUGCAAUGGAUUUGUUUCAACAACUACCGAAGGAUGAAAACCUUUUUAUCUCACCUUUCAGCAUCUCAACGGCAAUGGGUAUGGUGUAUCUCGGAGCCAGAGAAGAGACAGCACGAGAACUAGAAGCUACUCUUGGGUAUCAGGAGGAACAGCUGCUUAACGAAGAAGUUCACCAAGCUUUUCAGAGCACUCUUAACCAAAUAGAAGGGUCUCAAGAUCAGUACAAACUGAUUGCAGCUAAUUUAAUGGUUAAUCAUAUUGAUUACUCUGUACUGGACUCUUACAAAACACAGUUACAGGAGAAAUACAAAGCCGAAAUAAGAGAAGCCGAUUUUGUAAAGGAAAGUGAGAAAGCUACCCAGGAAAUUAACGAAUGGGUGGAUCAAAAAACGCAGCAUAAAAUCGCUAAACUUUUCGAUAAACCUUUGAGCUCUGAUACGAUACUUGUUUUACUGAACGCAGUUUACUUCAAGGGUACCUGGCUUUACAAGUUUAAUUCAAGAAAUACAUUAAGUGGAACUUUCUAUAAUAAAGGCACGGAUGGGAAGGAUAUUUUGUUUAUGCACUUAACACGUAACUUCAAUUUUGCAGAAGGCGAUCUCCAAGCAAGAAUGAUUGAACUGCCUUACAAAGGAAAAGACAUUAGCAUGUUUGCCAUUCUUCCUGACCAUAGGGACGGUCUUGCUGUUCUGGAAAGUCAACUGAAUUCUGAUAAAUUAACAAAGAUAAUUGGACAAAUGAGAGAAACCAGAGUUAGAGUUGGUUUACCCAAAUUUAACUUAACAUACGAAAAAGAAUUAUCUCCUUCCUUGCAGUCACUUGGAUUGACCAAAUUGUUUAAAUCAGGACAAUCAGAUUUAUCGGGUAUCAGCAGUAAGAAUGGUCUGUCUGUUUCUGAAAUUAAACAUAAAGCAGUUAUUGAGGUAAACGAGGAAGGAAGCGAAGCAGCUGCUGUAACUGGAGCUGUUAUUGGUGGUAGUGCUUCCUUAGGUCCAACCUUUUAUGCUGAUCAUCCAUUCCUUUUUAUCAUCAGAGACAACAGAUCUGGCAUGAUUCUCUUCUUGGGACGCGUCAACGAGUUUUAGAAUAGUUUCUAUAAAGUGACGAUUAAGAUGAUGUAGUAGAAUGAAAACUAAGCAUAUGACGAGAUAUGGUGCAAAAUAUGAAAAUACAUAUAU